GGAAAAAAUACAAAUACAGCAAAGACAGCUGAAAAUACAGCUUCGUCGAUUUCAGAAAAUAGAAAUAAAUUUCGAAGAAUUGAAGGUGAUGAUGCAAAGGCCGAUGUAAAGCAAGAUUCAGAGAAUCUGAAGAAAGACUCAAUGCCAGAAUUUCCAGCGAUUAAGACUUCUAGUACAAUAGUAGAUACAUUACAUAUUUCCAACGCUUUUAAUGCUCUAACAUUGUCAAAUAAUAAAUACGUAAAAACUGCACAAACACUUGAACCAGUUUCACGUGCAUGCCAAGAAGAAUGGACCGAUAAAUGGAAUAACCUUGAAUUUCCAGCUCCCAAAUCGUCAAUUUUAACACCAGUUACUUUUAGUUUAUCUAAAAAACAAUAUUCAUUUGGUGACACAAGUACGAGUCAGUUUCUUGGUUCUUCAACGUCAGAAAGUAAAGAGUCAGCGCGUGAUAACGCAGAGAGUAGAUCUACGCCUUUCUGUUGGAAAGCAACAACGACAACAACAUUAUCAAGUCCAGCAUUCCAAGUACCUACUGCAGCACAAACUUUGCAUAAAUCUGGAACAUCCAAAUCAUCAAUUUUAAAACCACCUACUUUUAAUUUAUCUAAAAAACAAUAUUCAUUUGGUGACACAAGUACGAGCCAGUUUCUUGGUUCUCCAACGUCAAAAAGUUAAGAGUCAGCGUGUGAUAACGCAGAAAGUAGAUCUACGCCUUUCUGGUGGAAAUCAACAACGACAACAACAUUAUCAAGUCCAGCAUUCCAAGUACCUAAUGCAUCACAAACUUUGCAUAAUUCUGGAACACCCGAAUCAUCGAUUUUGGUACCAACUACUUUUAGUUUAUCUAAUAAACAAUGUGAAUUUGGUGGCGCAAUUUCACGUAAAUCUUGCACUUCUCCGGUGCUAGAAAAUAAACCUGCAGCUUGCGAUUCAACACCAACAAACCAAAAAGAAACAACAUAUAAUACAACACUCGGGAUGCCAACUGUACGUGGCACAUUGUCAGUGAAAUCAGUAGUAUCUGGUGAUAGUACUGUUAGAACGUCUACCGGCGAGUCAACGCCUCUUAUACGUGUACAUCAAAAAUUUAUAUUUAACGCCAUUCCUACUGAACCGGCUGUAAUGCCUGGGACUCGAUUCAAUUUUCCUACGAAUAUGAUACCUCCUGUAUCGACUCAGAUUCAAAUAUCGAUUGAUUCCACCGAUUAUACAUUUAACGGACCUAAUCCGGAACUAGCAGCAUUUCCGCAAUGUCCAACUACAAGUUCAUUUUCUAUAUCGCAACCUGUUACCCAAAGUCAACAAUUGUCUACUUCAUCAUCUAUUCCUCUGGAAUGCGCGUUUAAUUUUGAUUCGUCACCAGGAGAUCAUACAGCUGAACCUGGUUCAAUCCAGUCCGAAGGAUUUAAUUUUAAUCCCAAUACUAGACCAUCGUUCCGUUUUAGUGUUUAUGAAUUUAAGUAUCUACAAAAUAUAAAAUUAUUUUACACAUUAAUAGCAGGAUCUUUUUUCCAUAAAAAAAUGUGUUGCCAUGUGUUGUUUUAGUGCACCUACUCAAGUACAACGAGAUACUGCGUCUACUCGAGUACAACGAAAUACUGCGUCUACUCUAGUACAACAAAAUACUGCCACCAUCAAUUACCGCCCAAUGAUCAGUCCCACUCGAUUACUCAAUCCACGAAAGAUCAGGAAAGCUUUUAGAAGAUUAAAAUAGGAGUCAAGUAACGGCAUUCUUUUUAUACAGUUGCUCAUGAAGGUAUUCAUAUUCUUGCAGAAGACACCUUUUAUGAAUAUACUAUAUGUCUUGAAAGAAACAUUUUGAAAUGUCAUUAGUAUUGUAACAAAAUCCGAUUGUCAUAGCUAUAUUGGUAAAGUUUUUAGCAAAUCUGAAAAUAUACAUAGAUAUUACAAAACACCUAACACAAGUAUGCAGAUAUUUUGUAGAAAUCAAUAAAGUAUUUAAACAGUCAUUUAACAUUUCAUCAAACAUUUUCCAUAUGUAUGAAAUAAAUAUCUACUGGAACCACUUUUGAGAUUUUUUCUAGGCAUACCAAGGAGGCUAUUAAUGCUGUGUGCUAAUCUUUAUUAAAUAUAUGUUUGUAAAUAACUUUUGUGUAUAUUUUCAGAUUGGUUUUUGGCUUUUCUAUCAUAAAAAUAGUAGUUGCAAAAUACUUUUAUGAGCCAUUGUAUCUAUUUCAUACAAUCGUGAGAAAACAAGUCGAAGACGCUUCGUUUUCGAAGAAAAAAGAAAAAAGAAAAAAGAAACGAUUUUGAACAUUUUCUCGAUGCUGCUAUACGCACAUACUCUUUAUGAUAUAUCAAUUCUUGGAUCAAUAACGAACUUUCAUUAUUGAUGAGCUGCUGCUAGUGGAUGAGGAAACUUAAUAAAAUAUCGAAUGUCUGCAAUUUAUUGAGAAUAACGAGUUUAUGUGGGUAACAGAUAUAUCCUUUCAUUAAGCAUAGGUCUUAUAUAACUCGUUUAUAGUUGAGAAGAAAAAUACUAAUCAGUACUAAUUAAAUUCAUGAAUUAAUAACUUUUUUUUUGUAACGAAAGAAAUGUUGCGAUGCAUAAUGUACAAUGUAUUGAAUUUGCUUCAUACAUUUAAUUGAUUCUGAACAAUUAUCUUUGCUUCAUUAUUUUUGAAUAAAUUCAGUAUUUACAACAUAAUAAUUGUAAUAAAAUUAUAUCAUUCAGAUAAUAAGAAAACGCGUAAUAAUAAUUAUUACGAUGCAAAAAAAAGAAAAAAAAAUAAUAAGUAUAUCUAUAACGAGAGAAAAUAUUAACAACAAUUAAUAUACAAAUAAUAAGUUUGUGUUUGAAAGUAACUUAUUGGCAAAUUGAUAAUGUAUCUUUCAACGUAGAAAUCUUGCAAGUUGUAAAACGUUGAAGGACGAGUUAAGUGUUCUGAGACCUUAUUAAAUCUGUUGCAACUGUGCAUAGCUAUUUGCAAAUCAAGAUGUGUAGAUGUUCGAGAUGCCGAAGCACUGUUCGUUAUGAAUAACACGCAGCGUAGUUGCACCUGUUACAUCUCUGUCGAGCACAAUUAUAUUAGUUCCUUUCGUAAUCUACCUGAAUAUACUACCUCCCUUCUCGCUAAUAAUACGGAAAUUGCAGAGAAUGUGAUAACGCAAUACAUUGUGUUUUUUAACUAAAGAUGAAACAAGCAUAAUUGUGGAUUAUGACAUUUUGCUCGAUUUUCUGAUUUUAAUGUCACUUGAUGAUAAAAGUAGGUGUGACAUUUUAAUAUAUAUAUACAUAUAUGUCGGAGAUGAAAGGACAUUGGAGUUUUUCUUUUGAAAUGUUUGGAAAGGUCCCCGAUACUUUAGUAAAGUUUUUUUUUUUAUUAUUAUUAUAGCUGUAUUUAAAUAAUAAAUCUGAGAAAUAAUUAUUUAUGAUUUAAUCCGAAUAUGGAUGCCCUAGAUUUAUGGGUGCCCUAGAUUUAUGGGUGCCCUAGAUUUAUGGAUGCCCUAGAUUAAUGGGACGCGGUCACGGUCAGGGCAAGGACGUGUACUUAAUAGAGGUAUGAAGUAAAUGAAUAGCUCUCUUUAAAAACAAAGAUUGAUCCGAGGGGUACAGAGAGGUGCGGAGAGGAGUAUAUAAGUUUUACAUUACACGAUAUAUGAUAUGAUAUGGUGUGUGUGUGUGUGUGUGUGUGUGUGUGUGUGUGUGUGUGUGUGUGUGUGUGUGUGUGUGUGUGUGUGUGUGUGUGUGUGUGUGUGUGUGUA